AGUCUGUUUCCAUUAUUCAUCGCCGAAUGUUGUCUGUCUCGUUCGUGAAAUAACUUUUAAUCUUAACAGAAAAAAAUCCCUCAAACAAUUUGCGUCGUUUCGUACGUCAUAAAAUGGGUUAAUCUUUAAUGUGCAAACUCUUGUCGAUGGAAAUGAAAGUGUCAGCCGGUAAAGUGAAAAGUUGUUCUCUGUGUAUGGUACCAUAAAUGUCACCGUUUUUAUCAGAGUCAAUAAGUUCUUUGUGUUCUGUUAGUUAAGGAGUUCCUGUGAAUCAAUGUUCUCGAAAUCAGCAUGGCGACCAUAAGUUUUUGCAAUAGGAAAUAUGUCCGUCUGUGGCCAGUGCUCAUACUGUUCAAUGUGGCACUCCUGCUGGUUUGGAGGAACCUGCAGCAGGCCCAGAAACUGGCCGCAUCUUCUAAUACUGGUGGGCAAAAGUCGGUAGGACUUUUGCUGUCCAACGAGUCGAAUCCCUCACGUUUUUCUGCAAACUUCCAUCUCGCCAAUGAUCAGCAUCCGAAAAUAAUCCGGCGAGAGGACUCCGCUCGCACCAAGGAAUUGCGAUCAUUGCUCAAGUGCCGCGACCGAUCGCUCCGUUUCGAGAGGCUUCAGCACGGAGAGUUCUGGCUGCUUCAGAAUCUUGUCAUGGGACGAAAGAGUCGGGAAGUCGGCUGUGCCGAGUCCGUGACGUAUACCACCAACGGGGACUUUACGUUCUUCGAUAAUCUGGAAAUGGUGGUAUCACGUUGGCGUGCUCCAGUUAGUUUUGCCAUCCACACUCCAGGUUAUGAUCUUAACACCACACUGGAUGCCAUUCGGUAUGUGCGAAACUGUUUGCCGGAGAGCGAUAGCAUCAAGGACUGGGUCUCCUUUCACGUGUACUUCCCAAAUCAGCACAUGCCGGAAUACGUGCCAUAUGACGAGGCCGAGGUACUAAUGUAUCCGCACAUGUGCACCCUGGCCAAUGGAUCGUUGGUAUCGCCGCUCUACACGCAAAUCCCAACCACGGAUAGCUACAAGUCAAGGGCCAACCUCACGUACCCCAUCAAUGUGGGCAGGAAUAUAGCCAGGCUGGCGACCAACACCCACUUCAUCUUUGCCUGCGACAUCGAGCUGUAUCCCAGUGUGGGCUUCGUCGACCAAUUCCUGGACAUGGUGGCCAGAAACCACAGUGUCCUUGCACUGGAUCCGCGGCAACGCAGAAGGGUGUAUCCUCUACCCGUUUUCGAGAUCGAAACGGGCGCCAAAGUGCCGGUAGACAAGGACGAAUUGUUGGCCCUCUAUCGAAAGCAGCAGGCGCAGGUGUUUCACCUGAAGCUUUGCCCCACAUGCCACACUAUUCCUGGCCAAGAAGAGUGGCUCAAUCGAACCUCUCGAGCCGAUGACCAUCUGCACGUGUUUAGCAAGGCGCUGCGAAAAUGGAAGUUCCGAGCCUGGGAGCCCUUCUAUGUAAGCGAUAACACGGAGCCACUGUUCGACGAACGCGUCACGUGGGAGGGUCAGUCGAACAAGCGCAUACAGAACUAUGCUAUGUGCCUUUUGGACUACGAAUACCAUGUCUUGAGUCCCGCAUUUCUAGUGCACAGUCCUGGGAUCAAGCAAUCCAGCAAAGCUGACUCCACUCGUCUUCAAUACGCGAAGGAAAUGACUAAAUUUAUUAAGAAUAAAAUCGAGCCCGAAUAUCGUGUGCUCUUCGGAAAGAACUCAGCCUGCAAGACGUGACAUUACUUUGAUAAUAUAACAAAUAAUGUAAUUAAUGAAUUUAUGCCCCAUCUAAGUUAUGCCUUUAUAGGAAAAAGAGUCUAUUCUUUUUACUACUUAAACCGAGUAGUAUGUAUAUUUUGAACUUAAUGCUCACUGCUUGCUAUUCAUCAAUGUGAAAAUAUAUUAUAUUUUAUACAAUUAGAUAAUAAGACCUAAUGGAUACAAUUCCCUAUACCUUGGGAAACUGAUUGCUCCGCUGUUUCAUGUAGUACAAUAUAUAGAACAUAAAUUUUAAAUU